AUGUCAUUUUUGCCCUAUUCAACUGCUAUUCCAGCCAUGAAUGUACGACCUUGGUUUUCAGCCUGUAUUUCAAGUGGUCUAGAUAAUAUUCACCAAGCUGAUAUAAUAAGGCGACUAUCAUAUUCAAGUUUUUCUGGAAGAGGUUCAGAUGACUUGAUUUCAGGAAGAAAUGACCCAUUUGAGUUUGGUAUCAUUGAAGUUUUUCGCGUUAAGACAUACACGAUCAGUCCUAAUAAAAAAGUAACCACCACUUCUUCGAUUCCUCCUGCAUGUAUUCGUUCCAGAAGUGCAAAAUCUUGUUUUGAUCCAGGUCACUAA